AUGGACCAGAAACUGAAGUGUGUCGUCUUCGGUCUUCCCUUUGGUCCAGAGAUUGAUGUGUGGUCAGUGGGCUGCAUCUUGGCAGAGCUUUAUCUUGGAGAGCCACUUUUUUUCGCCGUCACCAAGGAUGAGCUUCUUGACAAGAUGGUGACGGCCCUUGGUCCACUUCCAAUCCACAUCUUCCAGAGAGGCAAGUUCUACUCUGAGUAUCAACGCUACAUUGGAAAGCCGCAGUCUAUGCUGGAGACACAGAGCAAACUAUUCUCCAGACUGAAGGGGCUGAGAGAUUACAACUUUGGCAGUUUCAUUCUGGCCUUUCUGCAGUACAAUCCAAGUGAUCGUAUCUCGGUUAGUGAUGCCUUUCUACAUCCAUUCCUAGCCCCUGAAGUUGCAGCAAGGUACCUCAUGCCAUCUGCUUCCAAAGCAUCUAUGUAUCACAGAAUUGACAUCCCUGCGAAGACUUAUAAUCUAUCGCCGACGAUCUGUUCAGAGGUUGCUGCUGAUCGUCUUUCAAGUCUAGACCUUCUCAGAAGAGGGACUGCAGUCAGCCAGUCGGACUCACUACCUGCCAAGAAACCCAAAAGGGCCAUUGCAGAAGUCGCACCUUUUGCUUCCAAGCCAGACGUUGAAGGCCUUUGCAGUAGUCCGUCUGUUGUCCCCGUACCGGUCUCUAUUGGAGUAUCAUCGGAGGAGACCACCUUUGAACUCGCUGGUGGGGUUCUGAAGCAGGAAAGCUUGGACACUGAUGGAAUUGUAAAACACAAUAAAGUCUCCAACAUUCCAAUGGAUUCCAACAGGAAAUGUACCGACAUUCCAAAAGAUUCCAAGAGGAAAAAUACCAACACUCAGCUGGAUUAUAAAAGGCAAAUUGCCAAUGUUCCUAUUGAUUCCAACAGGAAAAAUACCACUCUUCCACAGAGUUCCAACAAAACUACCAAGACAAGUCUUCCUGUCCCAUCUUCAAUCACCAAAUCACACGAGGAUAAAAGUUUCAGGCAAUGUAAAAGGCAGAUACCAUUUAGUCUGAACUACGUCAAAAAAGAAACAAGUCUAGAGUCUCGCCCUGAGGGGUCUGCUCAAGAUAUCAUCACAGUAAACAAGAAACUGAAAGACCCUUGUGGCCACGGAAAUAAAGUGGUGUCCAACAAAAAGCAAGACAUCCAGAUAGAGGUGGAACAUCCAGUAGUAAACCAGGACUCAAGAAAGAAUCUAUCGGUUUUUCAAUCCAUAUUAAAGAGGGAAUUGAAGAUUAGGGUAAAGCAGCAGCACAACGCAAACAAAACAGAGAUGAGAAGUUGUCAGACCAGACAAAAGCAUUCCGAGUGCCAGCGAUCUCCACAAACUUCAUUAUUAGAGAAGCAUGACACAGUGUCACGUCAAGGAUCUGUUGCAACGUGUUUCUCUGUAACUUCACAGUCACAGACCAAAAAGCAAGCCACGGUGUCGCGUCAAGAUUCUGUUGCUACAAGCUCCUCUUUAACUUCCUCAUCACAGACACAUGUUGAUGGAUCUAAGGACAGAGAAGAAGAUACACAGGGGAGAGGACAGAGACGUAUGAACGAGCAGCAGCUCGGGACGAGGAUGUCCAGGUUCAAGCAUCUUGAGAAAAUGAAGAUGGAUGCUGUGCAGCAAAACUCUCAGGGAGCGCUAGAGCUAAGGGAUGAACCUAAGGCGCUUCCAGGCAACAAAUCUGGAUCACCAAGGGUCUUCAUUGACAGCAAGAAAGAAAUGGCUGAAGAACAAGGCAAUACCACCGAAACUUCAGAAAGACAUUCGGGCGAGAAGGGACACCUACUCCUCACCCCUUCCUGUAACCCACUAGAGGUCAGCAAUGAUGGCUUGAUUCUGCUUACACCUCUAAGCUCUACCCAACAAGAAGAAUCGCCUAAACCACAAUCGGAAAAUAGAGUUUUCAAAGCUACCCCUACGCAGACACCAAGAAUAAAAAACGAAAAGGUUAGGGAUAGGAUUCCAAAUAAACAGAGAAUCUCACGAUUAUUUGGGGCGAAGAAAGCAGACAAAGGUGAUACCCUUCCAGAAGUUAUGAUACAUUCCCGAUCAGAUGUAAAUAAAACCGAACAAAGUCAAAUUAAUGAAAGGCGGUGCGAUGUUGGAGAAAUAUUCAGCACCCCAACUAAAAAUGAUUUUGGCUCAAAGAGCGAGGGAAAUUCGUUAAGGGCCAGAGAGAAAAAUGGGAAUAACGGAGGCACCCCAGGUAGAGUCACAAACAAUGUGAAUAGCGACAUUACACUGACAAGCUCGACACCUGUCGGUAUCGGCCAAAAAAGAUCUGGAAGAUGCUCAGUGCAAAGUUUAUCAACAAAACGCUGUGCAGAUAUCAGAGAGGAACAGGUGGUUGAUGAUAAGGCACAUGAACGUUUGUCAACAGAGGUCAAGUUUACACCUCGGUCAUCUUCAAGGAGGAGCAAGAGUCUGGCUCAAGAGCGCAUAAAGGCUAAGAACUUCCACCAAGGGGAUAACUGGUGGAAGUUGAGCUCUAGAGAAGGGAGGUGGAGGGUAGAGGGAGAGGUGUCACUUGAUGAUGCUGAAGAUGGUGGAGAUGAAGGAGGGAUGUCAUCAUCUAGCGAGGUACCCCUGGCUAGGAAAAAAGUUGGGAAGCAACUUGCAGAUAUUAUAGAUGAGGGUGGGUUAAGUGACUGCGCCGCACAUCAAGAGAGGAGAACUCCCAGUAAGAAUUUGUUUAGUCGGACCUUAUCAAGGAUGUCCCCUGCUAGAUCAGACCCCAGUUGUGUUCAGGCUACUGAAGGAAUGUCCACGAUGCACUUACACAAAACACCCGCAGAGGAUGUGUACAAUUUUGAGUCUUCACCCGAUUCAAAGGGACACACAGCUUUGUCAUCCAAGAAGCGAAGGGUGCAUGCCGACCAAAAAGCUAGCUUGAAAUCUAAAAAGACAUCUCAAAAAGAUAUUCAGAAGAAGUUACUGAAAACUCAAAGCCACAAGCGCAGAAAGAGCACUUCAUCGGAAACGAAGGUGAAUAAUCCUACUGAAGGACUUUCAACGGCACACACAGACAGAACACUCGCAGAGGAUGUGUACAAUUUUGAGUCUUCACCAGAUUUAAAGAGACACACAGCUUUGUUUUCUAAUAAGCGAAGGACGCCUGCUGACCACAGAGCUAGCUUGAAAUCUAAAAGGACAUCUCAAAAAGAUAUUCAAAAUAAGUUACUAAAAACUCAAAGCCACAAGCACAGAAAGAGCACAUCAUCGGAGACGAAGGUGAAAAAUCCAAGAACGUUAAAAAGAAAAAUAUCGGGGAGUUUGAUUGCGGACCUUCAGUUCACUUCAAAGUCAGGUAACAAUGAUUUCCCAGACGAAUCAAGACAUGAGUUGACAAUCAAUCCGAUGAGUACGUUGGACAACGGAGAAAACGUGAAUGAAGUGGAGAUUAAAACAAUCAAAGGAUUAGAGGAGAUUAACCACAUGAAGAGGAGAAGGAUUAAACCGGACUGGGUAACAAAUUCACAAGUUGGACAAUACCAGAAGAUUCCUGACGAUUGGGAGUCAUGUUUCAGGUCUGUCGCCCAAGCACCAUUACCUCCAGAUGAACCUGUAAUGCUAGAGUCGUCGGACAACACACUGAGUGAAAGGCAAAGCAGGAUGGAGCAUGAACAGAGUUUAAGCGAAGACGUUAGCGAUGAUGAUUGGUGCGACAGUGAAUGGGAUCCAGAGACAAGUCUCAGUGGGGGAAUAAGUUCACAAACACCCACCAAAGGAAACUUUGAUGAUGAUGAUGAUGACGAUGAGGUGAUGUUAUUGUGAGUCUACAACGACGUGCCUUCAGUCUACUGAUUUGAUGUCCACAAUCAUCUUCCAGAAGAGGAUCAAGAUAAUCUUUUGUCUUGGGGGGGGGGGGGCUGAGCACUAUUUGCAUUCUGGCUGUUAAAGGCCCUGGACACCUUUGGUGAUUGUCAAAGACCAGUAUUUUCACUUGGUGUAUCCCAACAUAUGCAUUA